AUGGCUGAUUCAACCACCCCGAUCUCUACCCGUCCGAAAUCCGAGGUAGUUGUCCCCCAGCCUUCUCAGCCUCCCAGUGAGGUGAUUUCGAGGUGGUCAGACCACAACGUUGAGCUUCCAGCAAUGGUGAUCGUACCAAAUUCAGAAGAAGAUAUUUUUGAUGCUAUUAAGCUUGCCAAAGAGCGGAAACUCACACUUAUCCCGGCAGAUGGUGGUCACGGCUCCUUUGUGCCAAUCACAUCGAACACCCUGUAUCUAGACAUGAGGAAGUUCAACAGCGUGGUCGUUGAUACGUCUACGGGGACUCUCAUAUCCCAGAACGAGGAGAAGUUGGAUGUGAGCUCGUCAUCGGAAGGAGAAGGAAAGGCUCUGUUCAACGCUCUCUGCGGCGCCGGUCAUGGACUCGGAGUUAUCACAUCAGUGACAAUGAAGAUUUUCCCUCUAAAAAGUUUGAACCUGACCAACGACUGCAUUUGGACUCGCAGAGCCGUCUUCCCAUCUACUGCCAUAGCGGCUGCUGCCGAGGCAUUCGCGCAAUUCAGUGAUCCACCACCUCCUCUAGCUAUCUCCAUGGUCUUCUUCAGGACCCCUCCCAAUGCCCCCGUUCCAGAUUCGCAUACGAUCAUGCUCUCAGCGUCAUAUUAUGGGCCUGCUCAUGAGGGCGAGCUCGCAGUUGCCUUACUCUUUGAGCCGGAACUCGUCAGCAAAGCCAACAAGGUAGAGACUCUCUUUGUUCCGAUGGCAACCGUUAACAAUGGGCUUGACUUUAUGGAUGUCCAUGGGGGAUACAAGGGUAUUUCCUCCUGCUACGUGAGCUUUGUGAACAUGGAAUCUAUCAAAGAGAGUUUUGAGAGCUGGGCUCGGCUGUCUGGCCGGUUCAGCACAAACAAGGCCGUUGGACUAGGGCGAAGCGAAGAAGGGCAAUUCAAGUUUCUUGGGAUUCGGGGCCGUAGCAUAUUCGCUAAUACGAUCCGGUGGGCCCAGAGUUGGGAAACGAAUAAGUCUCUUGAUCAGUUUUGUGACGAGUUCAUGGAGAUCGCCAGACGGAAUGACGCAGGGCCGCCGAGGACACUGGCCAAUAACCAGUAUUCGGGGAUAGAUCUAGAAGAGCUGUAUCCCAGCGGCAGAGUUGCCGAAUUGAAGCGUGUGAAAUCAAUAUGGGAUGCAGAACGAAUGCUCAACCUUGAAAUAGAUGUGAUCACUUUUCGCAGCUUCCGACACACCUUCGCAAAUCUAAAAAAUACCGAUGGUCUGUUCCAUGCAAUAAUAACGCUGGUGUUCAUCUUCCCUGAUGCCAACGACGUGGUCUGGGGUAUCGAGGAGCAUAUGCUUCUGUGUAAAGGCGAAGAGCCCAUGGUGCUUAAGAAAUCUUUAUCUGAUGGUUGUUCCAUGCUUGCAGUGGCGUGCAGCUCAGUGCACUGGACAUCUCGAGCUGCCUUUGUCAUCAGUCUCGUAGCUGUGCUUCUGUCUGUAUUCUACUCGUGUCUUCUCCAGUGCAGACUGAGCAGUCUAUACAAAACGGAAGACGUGAAAGAUUGGCUCAGCGAACCAAGUGGAGCAAGUGAACGCGGUAGAGUGGACGCUGCAAUUAACAAUCUUGAAUUUAUUCCGAGAGAUGAGGAACAAACGGCGACGACUACUGGGGAAGAUAUACAAGAGACCCUUCGUCAGAAGCGGAAAAAUUGGUUAUUGAAUUCCGUGAUAGAAAUCGUUGGGUAUUAUCUCAACUCAGCUUGUACGAUUCAAGCUCCUGCUCUUCUCUUAAACUACUCCGUCGGAGCCUUUCUCACUGGCUUCGGGAUAUACCUGGGUUGUGUCGCUAUGGCAAACUUUGAUCCUGCUGCAGGUGAAGAUUUGUCCUACAAAGUCCUGAUUGUUUAUUGUUGUAGUAGGAGUAGCGGCAUUAUCAUUCUUUACUGUGCUGAGGGAGCUCGAACUAUCCCCUCUCCGCCGUUGGCAGCCACUUUUAAAAAUGGAUACUACGGGCGAGAGCAUUCUGCUAGAAAGGACGCAUCUUUUAUGCCAAAGCUGGACCUGGAACUGUUUUUCCGUGGUCAACGUCAACGUAGUAGGGGAUCAAGUGUCCGCUCCGAUGUUCACAACAACAGCAGAAAAUGCCCCCUGCAGAGAGAGACUAGAAGACACCAAAACUAA